CGCCUGACAAAACAUCGCCGCAUACCUGGCUCCUGUACAUGCGCCUCUCCUCCUGAUGAUGCGACGUUGCGACAUACACUCCUUUUCGCAACGAACCUCUCGCCGACCUUGCUCCGCCUAAUACUCGACACCUGGCUACUUGCAGCCUUCGAUCACGAACCGAUGCCCGAGCUACGCGCAGCAACUACCACCAAAUAACAAUCGAGAGCACAUCUGGAGUCAUGUGGCGGAGAGCGUACCUAUUUCUCGUGCUGGUCAGGCUGUGGUUCGCCCUGUCGCCAAGCUACCUGCACCCCGACGAGAAUUUUCAGGGCCCAGAGGUCAUCGCAGGCCAAAUAUUUAGUUACCCGGUACGGCACACAUGGGAAUUCACAAACGAGCACCCGAUACGAAGCGUUUUCCCCUUAUGGCCCGUCUACGGCCUGCCCAUGAUGUUGCUGAGAUGGCUGUGGAUCGGUAACGGCAAGGAUGGCGAGAUUCCCCCAAUCGCAGUCUUUUGGACACUUCGCGUUCUCAUGUUCGUCACCAGCUUCGUGCUGGAGGAUUGGGCCAUCCAUGAGCUCAUCAGCUCUCCACGACACCGUCGCGUUGCUGUGCUCCUAGUCGCCUCGUCCUAUGUCACAUGGACGUACCAGACGCACACCUUCUCCAACUCGGUGGAGUGUCUCGUUGUUGCUUGGUGCUUGGUCUUGAUUCAGCGUAUUGUCGAGAGCCCGCAACAAUCAUCGCUUCUUGCUUCUACGAUUCUCGGCAUAGUGGCCGUCUUUGGACUGUUUAAUAGAAUUACUUUCCCGGCGUUCUUGUUGAUCCCCGGACUUCGCUUGAUACCCCAUUUUCUCAAUAGACCCAUGUCCUUCACCGUGAUGGUGUUGGCAGCUCUCACGACUACCUUGGUCGCCAUCACCCUGGAUACGGCAUUUUACCUCCCUGAACCCAUCAAGUGGGCAGACCUCAUCUCACGGCCAGUUAUCACGCCACUCAACAACCUCCUGUACAACAUCGACACAGACAACCUAGCGCAGCAUGGGUUGCACCCCUGGUACCAGCACCUACUGGUCAACAUUCCCAUGCUAAUCGGCCCAGCUGCGAUGUUGCUCUUCACUCAGCCAUACCUCUCAUUACGACUCUACUCGGCCAUCUCUGGUGUCUUUGUGCUGUCUAUCUUCCAGCACCAAGAAGCUCGAUUCCUCCUGCCGACUGUCCCGCUCAUCCUCUCGUCAGUUCACGUCCCCAAGAAUCGGACUGUUCUUCGUGUGUGGAUUGGGGUAUGGCUUGCUUUCAACUUGGUCUUUGGUAUCCUAAUGGGUGUCUACCAUCAAGGCGGUAUCGUGCCGGGCCAGGUAUUCCUGAGUAAGCAGCCAGACGCGACGCAGGCCGUGUGGUGGAAGACUUAUACGCCACCCAUUUGGCUUCUUAACGGCAAGAAUGAGGUGCUCACGACGCGCGACGUGAUGGGUAUGAAGGGAGACACGCUACUCGAGGAGCUGACCAAGCUGGCAACCUGCGACACGCCAGCGGAUCGACGCAACUCGGAGUAUUUGAAGGAGAAGAAUGGAACAUAUCUGAUCGCACCAGCGUCAGCGACGUGGAUAGAUCCAUACCUUCCCAACAAGGGACUGAAAGGUUUAAGGUUCCGCGAGGUAUGGCGUUACAGGCAACACUUGAACCUAGACGACCUCGACUUUGGUGACGACGGCAUCUGGAACACCCUGACGAGGGUGAUUGGCAGACGUGGCCUUGUCGCCUGGCGUGUGACGAAGAGUUGCAAGUGAGGGUUGGCCGUGGACGAGACUCAAAAGCAAUGAAUGAAAAGACUUGGAACGUUUUGAUGAUGGAAAAGUAUUCGAUUUUUGGAAAGCAAGUGGUAUCGUGACUAUGUGUCUUCCUUUGUCCCUGUUUGUGACUAAUACCCGUAAAUAUCUCGAGCGCCGUACCGAUGGCGCCAAUUUUCAUCUCAUUUCACAAAGCCUCUUUUUUGU